AUGCCUUCGUACCUCGUCACGGGAGCCAGCAGGGGCAUCGGCCUUGGCAUAGUGACGAAGCUUCUCCAAGACCCGGAGAACUUCGUGAUCGCCGCGGUGCGCAAUCCCGAGGCUGAAAGCAUCAAAAAGCUAGGGAACGAAUACCCCAAGGCGCGGUUCGCCGUCAUCACACUCGACUACUCCGACUACGCCAGCAUCGCGCCGGCCGCCGACGAGGCCGCCAAAUUCCUGCCUGCCGGACUAGACCACCUGAUCAGUAACGCCGCCGUGAGCUUCCAGGAGGGCGCGAGCUUCGAGACCAUUGAUUUGAAGCUCUUCGAAGAGGAGCUGCGAGUGAACACUGUCGCGCCGAUCGAAGUUGUCCGCCAGUUCCUCCCGCUGGUGCGCAAGAGCGCGGCGAAGAAGGUCGUCCUCGUCAGCACCGUCGUCGGCUCGCUCGAGCUGGCGCCGAACCUAGCCACUCUGGCGAUCACCUAUGGGGCCACGAAGGCCGGGCUCAACAUCCUCGCUCGCAAGUGGGCCGCUGUCCUGUACGAGGAGGGGAUCACGACGCUCGCCCUUCACCCUGGGUGGGUGGAGACUGGCUCAGGCCCGGGCAUCAAAGACUGGUGGGCGAAGCGCGACCCGGAUCGGAGGCCCAUCACGGUGCAGCAGUCUGUAGAGGACACGCUGAGGGUCAUCAAGGAGGCCAAGCUGGAGGAAAAGAUCAAGCUGUACAGCCACACUGGGGAUGUGCUCCCUUGGUGA